AUGACCAUGAAAACACACCUUAAUAUCUGCCUUCAGGUCGUUUUAUUGCUUUCGUUUGAGCAAGUGCUGCAAGAUGUGGCUGCAGGCAGAAGUCCAACUUCUCUUAAGCCUGGCCCAUCAGUCUCUGAUGCAAACCUGAUGUUUGAGAUCUUGCUGGGCGGAGUGGAGCUCGACCAGGACAACAACAUCGUCCUGCUCGACAAGGAGAUAGCAUCGAUGAAGCAAGGGCGGACGUUUCUGUCUCAGAUCAACGACAACAUUCCCAGAAGUGUGAGCUCCAUGGUGCAGAUGGUGACCAUACUGAAGGGUCAGAGAAGGGGGAGGCCGCUGACUCCAGAUCAGUUUGACAGCCUUGUUCUGAGCAUGGUGUACUCUGCCCAGCAGGCCUGGCAUCGGGAGACAGACGAAGAACAGGAGGCCUGGAGUGAAGUGCUCCUCCAGCUGGCAAACGUCACGGUCUAUGAUUUACGCGGAAGUUAUCUCUUCAAUUAUGCAUGA